AUGGGUACCACAUUCAACCUUGACAGCGUGGAUGAGGCGCUGAAGGAGGCUCUCAAGGGCCCAACAUAUGAAGAAGUACAUAGGAUUCUUUAUGGCAGAUCUCAUCCAGAGCUAGAAAUUCCAAAGGAAGCUUUGGCUAUCGCUGAGAAAAAUAAUUUCGACUUGCGAUGCUACGAAAUCACUGCUGAACCAGAGCAGUUACGAGCUGCAAGGAAUGUUAGAGUUGCUGCUAUCCAAUUCUCAAUUGUUCUACCAACAUCAGCUCCAGUUGAGGAACAAAGGAAGGCUAUCCAUCAAAAAGUGGCCACAAUGAUUGACGCUGCGGCUGCUGCAGGAGCCAAUAUCGUCUGCAUGCAUGAGCUGUGGAGUCAGCAUUAUGCAUCUCGUGAUAUUAAAUUUCGAUACCUCUAUGAAGGAACAAGCUUAUUUAGCUAUGCCUUUCGCAUUUUGUACUCGCGAACGUCUUCCUUGGACAGAAUUUGCUGA